AUGAGAGCCCAUCUGAUCCUCCACACUCUCCUCUUCCUUUUGACCCUCCUACCCCCAGUUAGAAGUGGUUUGGGUGCUGCAGAGACCCACUGUUUCAACCUGGAAGGCAUUUGCAGACGAGACAUUUGCAAAUUAAUAGAAGAUGAAAUCGGCGGUUGCCGAAGAAGAUGGAAAUGCUGCAGGAUGUGGUGGGUUCUUGUGCCAAUCCCAACCCCAGUUAUCUUUUCAGACUAUCAAGAACCCCUCAAGAACAAGAUAAAAUAG